CGGCGCGAUGUGCUCAGGGGGUCGCCGAUGCAUGGGCCUCGUCGGCGGUGCAUCGGCGACCCCAGCGCGGAGAAAAUCGGGCACCACAUUGAGCCGCACAGGCGGUACAUCGGCGAUGCGGCGCCAUCCUCCGACCCCCCGUGCUGGGACCCCACCUGGGAGGCCCGAGAGAUGCCGGGAACGGCGAGAAGGCCUGGCACGGCCUGGCUCGAGAAGCGCAUCGCUUCGACGGCUGCUGGGGAUGCUCCUCGAUGGUCCUCGUCGAAGGAAACAUGCACACGUCCGAGCGAUGCCAAGUCGGUCUAGCCAAGCAAACCAUGCCCACCGAACCUUCCCGGCAGCCUCCGGCGGAGAUGUGGGGCCGCUGCGGCGGCGCGGCCCGACGGCCGACUGCCGGGGCCGCCGGGGGGCGACGACCCAUGGCGCCGCCGCCGGCGCAGCGGCGCGGUCCCCGGGCGGCGGAGGCGGGCGCCGAGGGGCGCGGGAAGGGCGAAGGCGGUUGCGGGCCGCCUCGGCGCGGGGCGGCGGACGGCAGCUUUCUGCCCGCCCCUCGCGGCGCCGCGGGCUCUGCGAGGCCGGCGAGGCGGGCUCUCCGGGCAGCAGCGGGGCUCGGCUCCGGAGCGGCGAACGAUGCGCAGAGUCGCACGCGGCCGCGCUCUCCGCGCGGGGCCUCUCCGCGCAGAGGCGCCCCGCAUAUCCGCAGGGUAAGCAGCCCCGGGCGUCCGUUACCCUGGGGAGGGAAACAAAAACAGCACGCUCACUUUCGCCCAGCGCCCACGCCAUCAGGCCCAGCGCUCGGCGCCCGUGCCGAAGCGCAGGCGGCAGCGCAUCAGCCGGGCCCACUCGCUCGGCGGCCAGUUGGCCACGAUGUCCCUGCUGACCUCGCCUCGCCGUCCACGUCCACGAAAAGCGCGCGUCCGCCGCGGGGGCCCGGCGAGGCGCCGGCGCAGCAGCCAGCGCCGCGGCGUCCGCCGCGGGCGCGGGCGGCUCCGCGGGCGGCGCCGCGG